CCGGCAGCCCGGGGGAGACCCGGGGCCGCUUCCCCGCCGGCCGUUCCCGGCUCGAAGUUUGUGGUUUCUUGGCCGGAAGAGUUUAGAAUAAUGAGAAGGUUGCGUCCGUCAAGGCGGGAUGUCAGCGCUGCCUUCCUGGCACUGGAGGACUGAAAAGGAGAAAGGACCAGAAUUAUUUGAUACAGGCUGCCUUUGACUACUGACACAAUCUGCUGUACCCUGGUGGUGGUGGAAGAAAAGGACAGUCUUUCCUGCUUUGUUCUGUGGUAUCGCUGCAGUGGGGUCACCAUGAAUGUGACAAGUUUAUUCUCCUUCACCAGCCCAGCAGUGAAGAGGCUGUUGGGAUGGAAGCAGGGGGAUGAAGAAGAAAAAUGGGCAGAGAAAGCUGUUGAUGCAUUAGUGAAAAAACUGAAGAAGAAAAAAGGUGCUAUGGAGGAGCUGGAAAAAGCAUUAAGCUGUCCUGGUCAGCCCAGCAACUGUGUCACAAUUCCUCGUUCCUUGGAUGGCAGGCUUCAGGUUUCGCACCGGAAAGGGCUACCACAUGUAAUUUACUGUAGAGUGUGGCGCUGGCCGGACCUGCAGAGCCAUCACGAACUGAAACCACUGGAAUGCUGCGAGUUUCCCUUUGGUUCAAAACAGAAGGAGGUUUGCAUCAAUCCCUACCACUACAAGCGGGUAGAAAGUCCUGUCCUUCCUCCAGUGCUGGUUCCAAGGCACAGCGAGUACAACCCUCAGCACAGCCUCUUGGCCCAAUUCCGCAACCUGGGACAAAACGAGCCCCACAUGCCGCACAAUGCUACUUUCCCGGACUCUUUUCAGCAACCCAAUAGUCACCCGUUCCCCCACUCGCCCAACAGCAGCUAUCCAAACUCGCCUGGAAGCAGCAGUAGCACCUACCCACAUUCUCCAGCCAGCUCAGACCCGGGAAGUCCUUUCCAGAUGCCAGCUGAUACUCCCCCUCCUGCUUACCUGCCUCCGGAAGAUCAGAUGACACACGAUACCUCCCAGCCAAUGGAUACCAACAUGAUGGCACCUGCAAUUCCCCCUGACAUACACAGAGGAGAUGUUCAGGCAGUUGCUUACGAAGAACCGAAGCACUGGUGCUCCAUUGUCUACUAUGAGCUGAAUAAUCGUGUCGGGGAGGCGUUCCACGCUUCUUCCACCAGCAUCCUGGUGGAUGGCUUCACUGAUCCUUCAAACAACAAGAACAGAUUUUGCCUGGGGCUGCUCUCCAAUGUUAACCGCAACUCUACCAUUGAGAACACUAGGCGGCAUAUUGGCAAAGGUGUUCAUCUCUAUUAUGUCGGUGGGGAGGUGUAUGCUGAAUGUCUUAGUGACAGCAGUAUUUUUGUGCAAAGUCGGAACUGCAACUACCACCAUGGGUUCCAUCCCACCACGGUCUGCAAAAUCCCCAGUGGCUGCAGUUUGAAGAUUUUCAAUAAUCAAGAGUUUGCUCAGCUUUUGGCUCAAUCAGUGAACCAUGGCUUUGAGACAGUGUAUGAGCUUACUAAGAUGUGCACUCUCCGUAUGAGUUUUGUAAAGGGUUGGGGAGCUGAAUAUCAUCGCCAAGAUGUAACGAGCACUCCAUGCUGGAUAGAGAUACAUCUUCAUGGUCCCCUUCAGUGGCUGGAUAAAGUACUUACUCAGAUGGGCUCUCCUCAUAAUCCUAUUUCUUCAGUGUCUUAAAAGGUCCCAAGCUCCUGCAUUUUGGAAACAAUUGAGCCCUGCAUGUACUUGAAGGACGUAUGAGUCAGACACACACAUUUUUUUUCUUUUUUCCCCCUGACUGGCAACAGCUGAUUAAGAGCCAUGAAAAUACUUGACUUCUGUGACCAACUGUCGGAUUCAGAAAACAAAAAAAACCUUUUUGACAUACUGUUGGUAUGAAGAAUUUUAGUUUACAUUGUAAUGUACUAUUGCAAAGUUGAUUUGCAGGGCUUAGUGCAACGGGGACGACCAAGCCAAAACCACAGUCUGUCGGACCGAGUUCCCGAAGGAUCUUCCUGUAGCUGGCACUCUGAGAUUCUCUUUCUUCCUUACGUUCAGCGCUCGCCGUUUUCCCCUCUGUCCUCUGGGGCUGAGAGCCGAUGUUGAAGUCUGCUUUUUGCAGGCUCUCCAGUACGUUUUAAAACCAUUUGUCUAAGUUGAUGGUUGCUGUUCUCUUUAAAAGAAAAAAAAAGUCAUAAGGUUUAAUCUCAAUAACUGUGUAAUAAUCGUUGAAAUUGUGUCCUGACCAUACUGCUGUAAGAAUCUUAGGUAUGUUUUUUGCUAAAUGUAUGUACGAUGUAUUUGAAAGUUAGAAAUUAAUUAGAUUUAGACCAUAAAGGAAUUAGGAAUAUUUGA